AAUCUGUCUUAGUUCUGGCGGAGAGCGACGGGUAUCCAGGACGUACGGGCUGUUCUUUUGCCAUCUGUUGUACAAAUAUUUAAACCUAGUCAUCUAAACACACAAGUCCAAGAAAAUAACAAGAUAACACUUUACCUGGGUUAACAGCAGAAUACAGGGAGCCAACACAACCGACCCCAGGAGAUGGCUGACGAAGGAUCUCACGAGGACCUCAAGGAGAGCAUCAAUGGGGAGCUCCGGGACUACUACCAACAGCUGGUGAAGCUCUACCGACCUGACCUUCAAGAUGAGGUUGAAGCUGGGAUACUUCCUUUUGACCCAAUCUUCCAUGACUUAUCACCCCACCACUUUCCAGAGAAGGAUCUUAUUCUGAAGCCUCAGGAAAAAGAAAAAGAUCACAGGAAAAUUAGAGUAGUGGACUUCUUGACCACACAGUUGGAGAGUGAGUCUAGUGAGUUGCCAAAACGAAUCCUGUUGCUGGGUAGACCCGAGAGUGGCAAGACAGCACUGUUUGCUCUGAUACUUCACUACUGGUUACAUGACAAAACUAAGGUGAAAGGCCUUGAUAAUUUUGACAUUUUAGUAGCCAUCCAGUGCCUCAGCCUCGACUUACAGCCAUCUAUAAUAGUUGACUUUAAAAAGGAUUUACUGGCUCGUCUUCCUAAAUCAACUGACAAAUAUGGAGAGGACAAGAUCCUACAGUUCAUGAAGGAGAUGAAAGUCCUUAUUUUAAUUGACUCCCUGGAUUACAUUCCUACAGCAACACUUAGUCAGGACACCUUGAAACCAUGGGAAGACAAGAGGAUUGUUAUCUUUAGUCGGUUGAAGUUUAUGGAGGAAGCGCCUAAUCAUCCUUUAAAGUAUCAGCAAUCCAAGGACAACAUGGUGUUGCAGCUGUGGGGUGGAGUGCUGGACAACCCUUAUUCGCUGUCUAAGUUUCUGUCAGCAGCUAACUCAGAUUUGUUUGGUGGCCUCUCAGGUAAACUAUUUGAGGAUUAUUGUAAGAGGUUGUGUGAAGUUAAGAAGAGGAGUUUUGAUGAAUUCAUGAAUCACAUGAAAGAAUUGCUAAAAAAUUUAGCAACAGAAAUGAGAAAACCCUUCAAUAUUUACAUGGCUUUCCAAGCAUGGGAGAAAGAUACUGCCAUUAAUGCAAAGACUGUAUCAGAAAUGUAUACAAAGUGCUUUGAACUAUGGACUCAAAACUACAAAACAAAGGUACACCUACCAACAUCAGAUCUGAGGAACUUAAUAGUCACUGGGAGUAACCAGCUAAGUACUUUUGUAUACCAUGCAUUUGACAAGAAACAGGAGCAUUUGUUAAGUGAGGAUUGUCUGGCAAAGGAGUGCAAUUACUUUGAUGAAAUAAAACCCUUCAUUGUUCACUUGCUAGUGCCUCAUUACAAUGCCUCUGGGAAGAUACAGGCACUCACAUUUAGGAUCAAAGCUCACCAGACUUUCUUUGUGGCAAAGUACAUGGUUACUCAGAUCAGCCAUAACCUUGAUGAAAUUAAGAACUUGAUGAUUUUAGAAAAUUUUCAUCAACUUUGCUCAGUUCUUCCUAUGACUAUAGGGUUAAUGCGCAAAGAUUCACUGUCUAGUGAGUUUAAAUCACAUGUAAUUAAACUUGGAAAAUUUAUUUCAGAAAAUGAGGUCAUAGACUAUUUUAACGAUCCAAUCAUCAACUCUACUGUUCAGGUCUUGGCUGAGAGUGGUCUCUAUAACAAAGUUGAUGACAAGUAUGAUAAAUUUGUUAAAGAUCUUCUGCAAAACAUUAAAAAUAGUAAUUGGCAUAUCUUAGAUGGAAAUCUUCUCCCACAAGCUCUUCAAGCACUGUGUGAGUGUGGACAUGAAGCUAAUGAAAAGAACAAGACACCACAAAAACUGAAUUUGAGUCUCAGUGGUCUUUCAACAGAGAUGCCAGGAAUUCCUGAUAUACUGAAGGCUGUUCGAGGAUGUGACAUUAGAAUUGGCUUACUCAUGAAUAGUAGCUUUAUGGGUACAGAUGAAAAACCUCUUGAUGAAGUGAUAAAGGUAUUGCAUGGUCGAGGUCAUGCCUCACUUGGUAAAUUUACUGGAUACCUCAAAGAUGUUAGGAUUCUUGACAGUCACCCCUCUACAAGACGCUUGUACAGCAUCAGCCUCCGAAUCAAGGAAUAUGAAGAGUAUGAAAAUUUAUACAAAAUAAGUAAGAACAGUCACAAACUGAGCUGUGUAGUUAUUCGAAUUCCAGAUGUUUCUUCAAUCAAGGUGAAGAAACUAAAAGAGCUACCACCAUCCAUAACCCACCUGAAAGUGUGUAUAGAGGGUGUCACAGACGAAACCAUUGGCCCUGCCAUUGCAAUCUGGAGGGCAAUACGAGGCAACACUCAGAGAAAAAACCAGGACUAUCUACGCUUCUGGGAUGUUGAAGAGAGGAAACUGAGCCCUUCUGGUGUUAUUCAACUCAUUAAUGUCGAUUUACCAGCUGAUCGCAUUGAUAUCCCCCUCGAUCAACCUCUGAAUGACUAUGAUGAAAAGAGGAUACAAGAAAAACUGAAUGAAAAAAAAUCCAAAUGCACAGUUAAACUUAUGGGGUCAGUCAAGUACCCACGUCGUGACCUCAAGUACAACAAGGAUGAGAAGUAAAUUACCAUCACAAUAGCAAAAAACUAAAAUCAAUGUGUCCUUGUGAUGGUAAAAAUAUAAUAUACUGUAUCUGUAAAAUACAAUUACUGAAUUUUGAAGAAAAGCAGCAAAUCCAUAUGUAUCAAAGAUAAAUUUUUGUUAUGUAAUUACAGUGAGCCCUCACUUUACGAGGUCAAUUGAACCCACGGCAGCCCGCGUAAAGUGAGAAACGUGUAAAGUGAACAACAUAACAUAUGGGAUUAAUUGAAAUAGAGACCGG